AUGAAAACUAUUCUCUAUACUAUCUUACUUUUCAAAUUAGUUCACUCAGCAUGUCAUUUAAGAUCUGUACAAACUUGUCUUUAGGAUGAAUAAUGUUAAUUAGUUAAAUAAGAAUGCUAAAGUAGGCCAAGCAAAUGCCAGGAUAUUGAUGCUACAAAUCCAAAUAAUUGCUAAGGAAUCUAAUGCUAUUAUGAUUUCGAAUUAAAGAUAUGUUAAGUAAAAAGUGAUCUUAAUCUUUAGCCUUAUGAGGAUGAAUGGGAUAUGUAAUCAAGAAGACUUUUAGAUAAGGAUGAUGGCAGGAAUUAGAAUACGGAAGAUUCUGAGGACGAUCAUUAAAAUGAACAAUAAUUAAACUAAGAUCAAAAUCAAUAAUAAAAUCAAUAACAAAAUCAAUAAUAAAAUUAAUAACAAAAUGGACAAUAUCCUAAUUAACCUUAGGAUAUACCUACUUAUAAUAUCACUACAAAUGGCAGUUAACCAAUCCCUCCUGAAACUGUAACCAAUUCUACCAUCAAUUCUAAUAACACUGCACCAGCAGCUCCACCAACAAACACUAGUUCCACUGAAAUUUUAGCAUUUCAAAUGAUAUAAUUUGAUUUCCAUUAAAAUGAAAUACUCAAUAGUAAUUUGGAUCAAAAAGAUUUAGUCAUCAACACAAGUUCUUCCAUCAGAUUGCUGGCAACUGUUCUCUUAGCUAAACUAUUUAUUUGA